AUGGACAGCAUCCUGUUAACCCCACGACGUUCUCGCGCACCAAUAACAAGACGAGCGCCUACAGACUUGACACUUAAUGUGUUAUACAUUGACUCUUCGGACUCAAGAAUGACUAAAACCGACCGCUUCAUCACACAUUUACUAACCGACUGUUCUGCUAACAUUGCAGUUGUCUCAUCAACGAAACCAGUCUUCUCAUACACUAAAGCACACCUUUUAAUGCUCCAACGAAACAACAUUUUAUUUCCAAAGUCUCAACCACAAGUCCCACGAACGCCAAGAACACCAAAAAAGGAUGAAACAAUAGUUGUUGAUUUCACAAAGAAGUAUACCAAUCAAAUUGACUACUCAAAGUACUUAAAUGCACAAAUCAAAAUUUUCCAACAGUACUUUGUUGCUUAUUCUCAACGGGAAUUAACCACGUUGUACACCUCAAUAUACUCGAUACCACCUCGCAUAGACAACGGCGACAUGGUAUUGUUCUCUCAGAAUGAUUCCGAGAUGAAGAAGAGGCUGAUGAAGCUCGACGCCAAUUUUUUGAUGCUCGCAAAGGUUAACAAACAAAUCGACUGUAUCAUUUACUUAUCAUCCCCAGUAGUUGUCCAAAAGCAGCCAUUAACCCUUUCAAUAAACUCCACGUAUACAAUCCAAUUUUCAGAACAAGAGACGUUCGAGUCGUGGAGUAAAUUACUGAAAAAAGUGCAGCCGUGGUAUGUCACUUUACUCAGACGAUUCAUUCGCGCAGAGGUCUCUCAGUUUGCAACAACACCAAGGAGAAAGACGGGACCAAAUGUCCCAAAACUCUUCAAGCAACCUUCUCUGCAAAUUAUACCUCAAUGCUCCUCACCAAAAUUAAAAGGGUCGUCGCCACUCGUCUCCCCACGAACUCAAAAAAUACUGUCACUCCGCUUUUCAAAGAAAGAGCGAAACAAAAACACCAAAAUAGUUGGAGUCUCGUUGGAACAAAUUGCAACACAUCACCUUGCACUCCCAGAGAAUGUAUUAACUCUCAUCAAUUACAUCAAAAACCGGUGUCUUAACGUGGAGGGCAUAUUCAGAGUUAAUGGGAGUAAAGAGAAGAUAGAGACAAUAGCAGACAUGCUCGACAACAAAGUUCUAGACAACGAAAUGCUCUCUCAGUUUGAUGUCUUCUCUGUUGUUGGUGCACUGAAAUAUUACAUCAAAGUAAUGCCGACUCCGGUGAUCCCCGCAGAUAUCAAUGACAAGUUGUUACAAGUCUGGAAUGCAAAACAAACAAUGACUUCCGAAAGACUGUUGAAAGAGUUUGUAGCAAUCUUUGUGUUGAUGCCAGAGAUGAGUCUCUUGUUUUUGAAUGAAGUUCUUGGGCUUUUAAAAACCGUCUCGGACAACAAAGAACAGACGAAGAUGACUGUGGAAAACUGUGUGACGUGUAUACAACCAUCGUUGAGGGGGUAUCCAUUCAUUUACAGUUUCGCGAUCCAAAACUACGACGCGAUAUUUGGGCCGAAUGUGUAA